UUUAAAGAACAUUUGAUGACAAAUCAAGUCAUAAUAAAAUAAAUGCUAAUUAUAUAUUUUUUUUAAUAAGACGAAUGGUCAAACGUUGGAAAAAAAGUCAAUGGCGUACAUCAGUACAUGUAAGCACGCAUACACAUACGUCACCGCUGACUCCGACGUGUCACCUUUAUCACUCAUAUAUAAAUCAAUCCUGGGAUGACGCAUUCCCGCCAAAUCAAACCGGCGGCUUAAAUUAAAUUAAAUUCGGCCAAUUAAAGCUUCCACGGAUCACAGCCUCUCGUGCAUGCGUAUGCAGACCAAGAAUACGGCGGCGCCGGCGCCGGAGAAGAAGUACAAGGGCGUGCGGCUGCGGCAAUGGGGGAAGUGGGUGGCGGAGAUCCGGCUGCCCAACAGCCGCGAGAGGGUGUGGCUGGGAUCCUACGACACGCCGGAGAAGGCGGCGCGGGCAUUCGACGCUGCCUUCGUCUUCCUCCGCGGCGCCGGAGCCGCCGACGCCGCGGGGCUCAACUUCCCCGACUCGCCGCUGCCAGUUGUCGCGCGCACUAGAGAUCUGCGCGAGGUGUAUGCCUUCGCGGUCUCGCAUGCCAACAGGCCGCCGCCGGUGGCUGGAGAAACGGCUGCCACGGCUCUGGCUGCGAUGGCGGCGCUGGAGCACAAUGAGGUCAGGGAAAAUAUUGCGCCGUCGUCGCCGCUGUCGGCAGUGCAGGUGGCGGCGCCGCCAGCUGGGAGCUUUGAUUGGUCGCAGCUGAUGGCGAACUCGCCGCCGCUCUACUCGCCAAUAGUGAUAGGAAGCCAUGCGUACGACGACCUGGCGGUGUGGCCCACGACGCAGCCGGUGGAGGAAUUCAGUGAGGAGGAUAACGAAAAUGAAGGUGCUACGAGUGAUGAGCUUUGGAGCUUCGAUGUCUGACGCUCGAUCAGUGUUUGAAAUUUCGAUUCGAAAUUUCGCCCAAAAUUUUUGUGUUUUUACAUUUUUUUUGAAUUUGGUCAAAUUUUAUUCAAAUUCAUUCAAAUUAUAUCAAAUUUUCAAAUAAUUUCGGCUCGAAAUUUCCAAAAUUUCGGUAACCCCGGCAUAAAAUCCAAUUUCGAAAUUUCAAACCCUGCACUCGAUUAGUCGAUCGGAUGUGCAUUGUUGUUGCACGAUUAUGGGAUAGACAGAUUACGUCCUCCGUUUGUAAAUAUAAUACUGUGCCCAAGUAUAU